AUGCAAGGUUUCGUGGGAGUCGCCACAUCAACUUCAACGUCAUCAAAAUGGGACCUGGAACCUUUGGUCAACGGAAUUUCUCUACCGUUCCGCAUCGACACGGGAGCAGACGAGUCUGUGCUAAGAGAGACAGUCUUUAACGAACACUUCCCGGAACUAAAGCUUCGUCAACCACUUCGGACACUGUGUGGCCCCGACGGAAAGCCCUUAAACGUCGUGGGAAUGGCUACUCUACAGCUUAUCUGCAAAAACAUCCACAGUGACCAAAACGAUUUCAUAGUGCGAGGCCUAGAAAGAAAUCUACUUGGUAAGCCAGCGAUAGAAGAACUUCGACUCCUGUCACAAGUCUACAAUGUCGAAUCAACCUCCGUGAACCCCAAGAAACACUACCCGCAUCUCUUCCAAGGCCUCGGAGUUCUACAUGGUGAAUAUUGCCUUCGCGUCAAGUCUGGUUCGACGCCCUUUGCUGUAACGUCACCAAGAAAGGUUCCGCUUCCGUUUUACGAGAGCACACGUGAAGAACUACGCGAUAUGGAACGCUUGGGCGUCAUUUCACGGAUGGAAGAGCCAAUAGAAUGGUGUGCGCCCAUGGUGGUGGUACCGAAAAGGAACGGCCAAGUGCGCAUCUGCGUCGAUCUAACAGAGCUCAAUCGCUACGUCAUGAGGGAGUGGUAUCCGAUACCUUCUGUAGAGCAUAGUCUUGGACGGCUGGCGGGAGCACAAGUCUUUUCGAAGAUCGACGCCAACGCUGGAUUUUGGCAAGUCCCGCUGAGCAGCGACAGUCGCCUCCUCACCACCUCCAUUACCCCGUUCGGUCGCUCCUGUUUCAACCGGCUCCCGUUCGGAAUUUCAUUGGCUCCCGAACACUUUCAGAGGCGCAUGACGGAGGCUUUGGAGGGACUGCCAGGAGUCACCUGCCACAUGGACGAUGUGCUGGUGUUUGUUCCGAAUCUACAAGUACACGACACAAGGCUCCGUGCCGUUCUAGACCGUUUGACGGAAGUCGGGAUCACCCUCAACUCACAAAAAUGCAUUUCGGAGUCGAACAGAUUGACUUCUUCGGCAACACAAUAG